AUGCAGACCCUAGUUGGUAUAUUUUUAAUAUUUCUAGGAGCGGUCUCUCAGCCCGCGUCAGAAUGCCCACAUGGCUGGACGAAGUGGGGGACGUCAUGUUACCUGUUUGUUACCCAUGUACAUAAUGACUGGACGGAAUCUGAGUACUUCUGCCAUAUGUUACAUUCCAAACUUGUGGAGAUAGAGACGAUGGAGGAAGACAACUUUGUUCAGUUACAAGCCAUCAAACAUGUCCACGAGAACCCAGGGACUUUUGGGUUUUGGAUUGGAGGGACGGAUGCCGUUGUAGAGGGCGAGUGGAUGUGGGUCACCACGGGACAGAAUUUCACUUACUCCAACUGGGCCCCGGGAUUUCCCGAUGAUUACCGUAAAAACGAGGACUGUGCCCAUCUGUACAAGGCUCAGCACUUUGAGUGGAAUGACGAAGAUUGUGAUCACAGAAUGUGUUUUAUCUGCGAACUCACGUAAUUAAAAUCAU